AUGGCCGGCUCCUUUACUCGGACCUGUAUCCUUGAAGUGGAGCGCAAAUUCCGUCCACUCAACGCUAGAGAGCUGGUCUUUAACAACGUCUAUGAAAGCAGAAAGCCGAGCAUCAGAUACCACGGUGUCAAAACCUUAAGCGACGCGUACUAUGAUCGAUCCAAGCUGCUAAGCUCAGCGGGAAUCUGGGUAAGGGAACGCAACGAACGAUGGCAGGCAAAGGUCAAACAUGGCGGCAGCUUCAACCACUCUAAGUUCGAGGACCUCACAGAGCCUCGUGAUAUCGCGGAACGCGUGGGCAAAGUCCUAGGGGAGGAAGUCUCAGCAGAUGACAAGUUUGGGCUUGGAUGCAUUGCACAGUUCACAACGAUCCGACAUACCUACCUGGCCAACGACGAGUUCAAGAUUGUUCUGGACACAACACAUUUCUUCCAUAGUGUUGGCGAGGUCGAGUUACAGAAGAAGUUCAAGUUCACAGCGACGACAGAACAGGACCUUGCACUACAAAAGCAGAACGCUAUGGAAGACAUGGACCAGCGUAUUGCUAAGUUUAUGGACCGAUAUUCAUGGACAUUCUCACAAGGUGAAGCAAAAGGCAAGCUGACGGCAUGGUUCGAGAAAGAGGCAAGGCAAGCCAAGAUAUCGGCCGAUUACAUUCGACAGCAUAGCUCGAAUGCUUGA